CGAGUCGUGUAUACCGCUGUGUAGCGUCGCGGUGUGCAGUGUGGUCGGCGGACGUAUUGGUAUUCGAACGGCGAUCGGAAUAACGGAAAAUUCGGAAAACGCAUUUUAUCUGGGCACCGAGUAAAUACGAAAAACACUAUCACGCGCGUCCGGUUUUAAUGACGUCGGGAUAAAGGUUUAUAAUACCGUUUCGAACAAUAUAAUAUACUUUACUCGAAUGUCAAUCGUCUAUUUCUGAGCAAACGCUACGCAAAAGAUUGUCCAGGAAAAUUACUUUGCACUUGAAAAAAAAAAUUGGAAUAUUUAUUGGCUACGGACAUCUACAGACUUAAAUUUGAAAAACGAUGACGAUCAUAUUGUUGUCUAGCAGUUGACAGCCAGAUUUUUAAUAAUUAUGGACGACGGCAGUGAUAUGGUCAACGAUACAUCUAACAGCACGCUACUUGUAGACGAAUAUGACUACUCGGAGCGACCGGAAACGUACAUCGUUCCAAUACUUUUCGCGUUCAUAUUUUUCGUGGGUACCGUCGGAAAUGGGUCUCUGGUAUUGAUAUUCAUCCGACACAGAAACAUGAUAAACGUGCCAAAUAUAUACAUAUUCAGCCUUGCACUGGGUGAUUUACUGGUUUUGCUGAGCUGCAUACCUUUCACGUCUACUGUCUACACGGUGCCAUCGUGGCCGUUCGGGCUGACCAUCUGCAAGGUGUCCGAAACGACCAAGGACAUAUCGAUCGGCGUGACCGUGUUCACGCUGACCGCCCUCAGCGCCGACCGGUUCUUCGCCAUCGUGGACCCCAUGCGCAAGCUGCACGCGUCUGUGGGCGGCCGCCGGGCCACCAAGUUCACCGUCACCGUGGCCGUGACCAUAUGGUGCCUGGCGGUGGCGUGCGCCGUGCCCGCGGCCACCAACUCGUACGUCCGGCAGUUCCGGCAGAACAACGUAACGCUGUUCGAGGUGUGCUACCCGUACGCCGAGGAGAUGGGGCCCGGCUACCCGCGGCUGGUCGUCGUCAUCCGGUUCCUGGUCUACUACGUGGUGCCGCUGUCCGCCAUCGCGUGUUUCUACGCCAUGAUGGCCCGGCACCUGAUCCACAGCACUAGGAACAUGCCCGGCGAGGUCCAGGGACAGAUGCGCCAAAUCCGAGCUAGGAAGAAAGUUGCCAAGACCGUUCUGGCGUUCGUUCUCGUGUUUGCUGUGUGCUUUCUGCCCUAUCACGUUUUCAUGCUGUGGUUCUACCUGAACCCAAGAUCUCAGGACGAAUACAACAUAUUCUGGCACGUGUUACGCAUCGCCGGCUUCUGCUUGUGCUACAGCAACUCGUGCAUCAACCCCAUCGCCCUCUACCUAGUCAGCGGCACGUUUCGCAAGCACUUCGACCGGCUGCUGUUCUGGUGGCUCGUCAAGCCGCCGGGUGGCCAAAUCGCCGAGUCCAAAAACGGCUACAUGCGCCGAAAGAACGGCACCCGAGAGAAGGACCGAACCAUCAACAACGAUUCGACCACCAUAGCUAACGUGCAGUUGAGCACGUUCAACAGGCGGACCGGAGACACGAACCACACUACCACCACGGCUACCACGACGGUGCUCAUCUGUGCUGGGCUCAACGACACCAACACCGUCAUAUAGACAAGGUCACAACAAUCAUUUAUUAACGGAACUACGUCAUUAUUCUGGGCAUAUUAGAACAUUUCAACUCCGAGAUUGCCGAUAUGAAUAUGUUUUUUUUAUAUAGAUAUAUUCAGCAACCAUGAUCAUACUAUUUCCCAUUGUAUCCAAAUUAACAAUUCAAUUUUCGAUUUUUGAACUCUAA